UAUCAGCCACCCACCUACGUACUCACUCACACCGAAAGAGAGAGGCAAUGCAUGUGAAACCCUACACUAUCUCAACCUGAAGCAGCGUCGUCCACACAGCCUUCCCUCAUCAAACCGAGUCAGACGACAUUGGGGCCGAGACGAACUCGGCACGAAUCAGUUCGCAGCGCGACAGUGUACCGAGUGGACGUGAUUAUCGUUAGCUCCCGAAGAGCAAAGUUGUACGUGUUAACGUUAUCAUCGAUACUGUCAGUCGUGAGACACAGCAUCAGUUGGAGACAUCCUGUGGAUAGGAAGACAUCUUCAUCUGGAAUAGAAAAUUUUUUUCACUAAGGCCAGGGUCGUGGAGGACCCUUGAACCCUUCGCGAACUCAGGAAGUGUCGUUUACGCGCUUCAAUCUUCGAGAACUGUGAAUUUAGUUGAUUAAUGCUAAAGACUAUUCUUUGAGCAGAGUGAUUUUGAAGAACUGCUUUGACUGUUCAAUCUCGCGAUAUUUCAUCAAAAGUGGAUCACAGUUCUUUCGUGCAGUCGUGCUUAAAGGAACCUUUCAAAAUUGAUGUUCUAAGAAGGCAAAUUAUGGUGGCAGAGUUUGUCACCCGGCAGAGUGGAUCGCCCAUCAAUGGUGAGACAGCCUGUCUGAAUAGUAACAUGCCGACCACGCACUCGAUGGCUCACGCUGGUCAUGGUGGCCAUGGUGGUCACGAUGCCCACGGACCUCUUCCACCAAUGACGCACCCCCACCAUGGAGGCUCCCCAAACCUCCAGCAGCAGCAGCAACAUCAACAACAGUCCCAUCACCAACAGCAACAGAUGCACCUCCCUCAACACCAACAACAGCAACACCACGAUCAACAGGGAACGCAUCCUGAUAGCUACUCUCCAAAUUUUGACAUACGAAAAGAGCUCUUUUCGCAGCGCAAGCAACGCGAAUUCAUACCCGACAAUAAAAAGGACGACAGCUACUGGGACCGACGCAGACGUAACAAUGAAGCUGCGAAGAGGUCCCGGGAGAAGAGGCGCUUUAACGAUAUGGUUCUUGAACAAAGGGUAAUGGAGUUAAGUAAGGAAAAUCACAUCCUCAAGGCUCAGCUGGAUGCGAUCCGUGAAAAAUUCGGGAUCUGCGGCGAGUCUGUGAUCAGUACCGAGCACGUGUUAGCGGCCCUACCUUCAGAACCUCCAAUACUCAAACGGAAGUUGUCCACGUCAACCUCUAUUCUCUACACCAGAACACCAAGCCCAGUCCACACCUCCGUCAUACAUCAACCAGUCAGCGGUUCAAGGUCACCGAGGUCACCAGCUCAGCUCUAUGUUCCGGAAGCAACAGCCUACCCCGAGACCGAGAGCUUUCAAUACCCCUAUAGCACACAUCCAUCGAUGCACUUCGAGACCUCGAGUGCGUUGAACCUCUCCCGUGGACGCAGAGCCCAGUCUCCCUUUGAACUUUCCUCCGGUAGCGGUGACGAGAGCUCCCAAAUGGUCGUCUCACAGAAUGUAAUCGGCGCCAACAACUGUCUACCUCACAAACUGAGGCACAAAUCCCGCAUUGGUGAUAAAGACGCGGCGAGCGCCCUUCUAGCAUUGCAAGGUAUCAAGCAGGAACCUGGACCUAGAGCAUCUCCACCUUGGGAUAAUGAGGGUUCGAGCGACGAAAGAGAUUCUGGGAUUUCCCUUGGCGCUGAGUGGACGCCGAAUGGACCAGCUGUACCAGAGAACGAGAGGGAAGUCAAGAACAGGCUCGACCGUCUAGCUUCCGAAGUCGCAUCUCUUCAAUCUAUUCUACGCCUGGGGAAGGCUGGCGAGACACUUGUCGCAUCCCAGAUGGGCGUGUCAGCAACCAAUGGCAUCACCACAGGCCACGUCGCGGGCCCUUGAAAUGAAUUCGAUUAUGUGCGUCACUUCGCAAGAGCUUAUCCAAAGAUGCACCUCUGACGAGGCAUUACCUCCUUGAACGUGAUGCUUAGGAUCUCGAUUACCUUCGGGCAGGGUAGACUGAAAUUCCCGAUCGAGCCUAAACAACUGUGAUGAAUUCCGAUGCUUUUCCGGUUCUUCCUAUUUGGAAACAAGAAUCGGGGUUGAUAAACGCAUAAUAAAAAUGGAGUAUUAUAUGCCGUACGCUUGUGGCUGGACACUUGACGAGAACUCACCGAACCCGCCCUUCGGGGGAUCCAAAAACUAUCGGCACGAAUGACGUGGGUCUUGUCGACUGAGUCUGUGUUAUUCGUUCCAGUUGUAGAUUUGCGGUUCAAGGUGAUGACCGCCACAGAUUUCGUAACUAGCUUUUAAGACAAUGUGACUUUUAACGUCUAAGUAAAUUAUGUACUCUAAUCUUAAGUUAUCGUCAUCUUACUAUUAAUGUCGCUAUCACCAUCGAAUACGUGAACCGUGUACGGAACGUGAAGACUGCUCAGAAAUGUAUUCACAGUCGUGGUUGAUGCACAUUUGGAAGUUUGAAGAAUCUGCGACUGUGAUUACGAGCUGCUAGUAGUUUAAAGUGCGUAAGCCGGUCUAAGUUAUUCCAGACUAAUCAUAAGACUGCGUCGCGCAACCGGCUAUCUCAUCACCGCCAGGUAUCCCAAACAUUUGAUUUGACUCUGCAAUUACCAUUGCAGCGUUGGUCUUCAUUUGAGUAUCAUAUUUAAUCUUAAAGCGAUAAUACUAUCUCUCCUUUGUGUCGUGUCUUGUCUGUUUCUCGUUUAAUCGGAGACAUUAACAACACUGUUGUUGCACUACAACUCUCGAUCAAAACUGGAUCCCUCAGCUCAUGCAAAAUGCUAACGAAGCUAGAACAUCUGAUUCUAACUUUCAUUUGAAACUGCGCAACGGUGAUUCUGUCAAUUUAGGAUUAAAUCUCAUGAAGAAAUUCGAGUGUCGAAUUGAAUUUAGUGUCUGAAGUAUUAAGCAAGCCUAUAUGAAUGUAUUAUACGUAUUGCAGAUUCAUGAAUGAUGUGUAAACCAAACAUAUAUACAUAUAAAUAUACUUUCUUUCAAAUUAAUGUAUUUUUCGAGAAAACAGAAACGGAAUGCGAUCAAGUGUGCUAAUUUAAAAUUAGACUCUAAAGAGAUACUGUAUUUGCAAUUGCUUACGCGAUAUUUUAAAAAGGGAUCGUCUUGUUUUUAUAUUUAUAUAUAUAUCAAAAGGGACAUGAAUGAGAUGUAUUUUCGAGGCUUUUACGCCUGAAUAGCGACCUGAUGAAUUUGGUUAAUCCCGAUAUGUAUUAUAUGUGAUACGAAAAUUUGUUUCGAUAAAAUUGUACGAUGUAACAAUAAUCGUCUAACCACUAAUCAUAGUGCAUAACUCGAAUUAUUUAUUAAUUAAUUGUGUACGUAUAGGAAAGGAGCGUCUGUGUCGAUGAUUAGGGAUGAUCAUGAUGACCGGCAUAUAAACAUCAUUGGUACUACCACUACUAUUACUAUUACUGUAGGACUUGCGAUAUAAAUUCAAGCUCAGAGAGAACGCGAAGGGUGAUUUUUGUCAGGAAUUUUUUAUUUUAGUUAGCCAGCGCUAAGCGACUUGACUCGACUAGCGUUUGUUGAUACGAAGAUCAUUAAGAUUUAAGAUAUUCUUUUCAUAAGUCAAGAUCAGCCCUAUCAAGCCCAACACAAGACUGUUUAUUAUUAUCGGUGUUACAUGCGGAAGGAUCUCGCAUUUUACCCUUCCUCGUUUGUUUUUAUAUAAAUAUAUAUAAAUAUACAUAUAUAUCCGAUCGACAUGUACAUAUAUAGAGACGCACUAUAAGUGUUGUUAAUCUGCGAGUUGAUAAAAUCGUCUCGCCGAAUUAUAAGUCAAUGUAAUAAACUUUUCAAUACAAGAAUAUUUAAAAUGAAGAAUCGAUGAGAAACUGUUGAAGGAGUAAACGAGAUGUCAUUGUUUAUAAAGAUUAAAGACCAGCGAGAGUAACAUUGUACUUGACUAUAUAUUUAUAAGCAUCGACUGGUAAAUAAAUGUGCUCGGCAAUACAAAUUUGUUUGCGAUUAUUUGAUUUUUUGCGUAACGAUCAGACGAGAGGGGGAAAGAGAAAGAAAAGGAAAUGACUGAAUCUUUGGAUGGAACUUUUUUUUUACUUUAGAUUCUGUUCUUAGUCUUUGCUUCCGCUGUACCCUCUGCUCUCAUGUAGACUAAAAAUUUAGUCUAAGGAAAUUGAAUGUCAAAUUAAAUAUUUAAAUACUGAAAAAGUUUCAAGUUUCGUUGAAUGUAUACGGAAACCGUGAGAAAAAUAUGAAGUGCCUCAAAAUGUCCUUUAAAAAAUGAUGCUUUCUUCUUGGACCGUGAUAAAAUUUGCAUUUGUGUCUUAUAACCAAAUUUUCGCGAACCAAAAAUUGGUUUUGACUAUGAAAUCGAACGAAAAUAUCAUAUUUGUUUAAAAUUUUUCAUAAAAUUCAGAAAGCGAGUGUUUUCAAGAUAUUUCCUGUUUAUGUUCAAGAUGUUUGAUGUAUCUGAAUUUUCUCGAUUCCAAAUGAACAUUCGAUUUCAUGCCUUCAGGGGCUUAGUUUUAAGGGAUAUAUUCGCAGUGUGUAUUGUUCAUGUACAAUAUGGAUAUUGAAAUAAAUAUUUUCAAUGUUUUUCACAGUA